AUGACGUUUAUGCGUUUUGAUUGGGAAGCAGAGAAGUGCACUAUAGCUAUUGAUCCUGCUGUCCCAUGGGUAAUGGAUAACUGGAGUGUGAAGGCCAUCCGUAGAAAGACCACCGACACUGGCAGGAAGAGCGGCUUCAGAGAAGGUACUGAAGCUGCACCAAGGAAGAAGGGAGCAGCUGCAUCUGGAGAGACUGUACAUGGGAAUCGUCAUCAUCUUGGUCAAGCUCUUCUGGAAGAAACCAGAGCAGCGUUACAAGUAUACAAGGUGUCAAUUGGUGUAGCUUGUAAUCUUUCGUGGCCUGCUGAUCGUCUUGUCAUCCAAGUUCUUGACGAUUCUACUGAGCCUGCAAUCACAGUAGUCUUAUUAUUGGUCAAUGCGGCUCUCUGGUUUGAGUGGAGUAAGAUCCAGACACCUACGGAUGAAGUUGUUGUGCCUUAUGAUAGUCUAGCUCCAACUCCUGAAGGUGAAAGGAUGCACUUCAGCUUUGCUGCAAUUUGCAAAGACAACAAACAUCCCCGUUCUUUUGGAAGAAAGAUCACCCAAUGCAGUGCAAGAGAAAGGUUUUAAUUUUGAUGAUACUAGGAUUAUGAGAGGAGCAUGGAGGAAUGAGUCUAAUCCUGAUAUCUGCAAGUUAAAUAGGAGUUCUUCAGAUGCCUUGCUAUACAUCAACAAAUGCACAGAUGCACAUAAAUACGACUCUUCCUAUUUUAAGGGUUUACUAAAAUAGAUGAUUCUCCUCAUAUUUUAUACAUAAUAAUAAAAGGGAGGAUGAUGCAGAAAACAUGUCUAUCUUGCCCAGUAGUAUCUCAGCAAAUCAACCAACGAUGAUUGCGAACAUAGAUACUAAUGUAGAUAACCUACAAUUUUGAAGAAGCAACUAUGCAGUUUAAUACAUUUACCUUACUGUAUCAAUUGCCAAGUCUUAGGUGGUGUUUAUAUGUAUUUUUCAUUUUUUUUAAUUUUCAAUGUGCAAUAAGAAAGAUGUAUAAUGUAUAAUGAAUUUUAUAAAAGUAGGAUCACAUUUGUACAGCUAGAUUGAAACAUCUCUAAAUAAGUGAAUACUUACUUUUACAUGA